GCUUACAUGCGAGAUUGCAAGUGCGCUUAGCAAAGCUCAGAUAAAGAGCCGUGAAAUCGCGAAAAAGAUGGCGAUAUUUUCGAUAAUAUCGUUUCAUCAGUUUUUCUCAAAAAAAUCGCGGUAUUUUCGAGUAUGUUUUUUUUACUCCACUCCUCCGUCCUCACUGUAGCCUCUAGCGUGGGGUGUUAUAUACACGCGGCGUACGUUAGCCUUUCAUAGAGAGAGAGAGAGAGAUAGAGAAAGAGAUGCGCCUUUCAUAGAGAGAGAGAGAUAGAGAAAGAGAGAGAUGGGGUUGGAGAAUUUGGAGGAUUUGGUGAUCCACACCAUCUUAUUAAAGCUAAGGCCUGAGAACGCAGCAGUGGUGGCGUGCGUAAACAGGCGAUUUAGGUAUUCGGCAUCCGACGAACAGCUCUGGCGCAUUUUUUGCUCCGAAGAUCUCGACCUUUCAUCUCCCCAAGAUCCUUCCGGACAACCCAUCUCUUCCUUCAAGGUGACAUAUAAAUUAUGGAAGGAAGCUUUUUGCAUGUAUCCAUGGCCUCUCGUGAGGAGAGCCAAGAAAUGUUGGAGUAUGAUCCAAACUUGGAUGGCUUUGAAUUUUCCAGAGGCUGCAAGUACUUUGCAGAAAGGCGCAUCUGAAGCAAAACUAAAGGAGGUGGAAGACAAAUUGAGGGUGAAAUUACCUGUUGCUACAAGGGUUUUAUAUCGGCUUUGUGAUGGCCAAGAUAUAGCGCAAGCUUCUUCUGGAUUUCGUCUCGGUCUUAUUGGAGGUUACUCCUUUUAUGGAUAUGUAGUGAAUGUUUGCUUAUUACCUUUAAAUCAGGUAAUCAGCCAAACCAGAAAGUUUGUGAGUCAGCUUGGUUUUUUUAAUAGAUCUAAGCAUAUUCUAGUGGCUUCUUCUAUGUUUAGGGAGAAGUCAUUUUUCCUUAACUGUGUGACUGGCCAACUCUUUGUUGGCACUGAAGAUGGACAAAUGAUGUCAUGUGUACCUGAUGCAUUAAUAAGCUCAGUGCACGAUAUGAAUGGUGAUCUGCCACAAGAUGCCAUGCUGUUGUGGUUAGAGGAGCAUGGUAGGCGUUUACAAAGUGGCAUGAUUCGAGUUCAUGAGGAAGGUAAAAUCCGAAGUAUCAGCCUGUUCCCAGAAGCAGCACCGUACUGUUCCACUGCAGUGACUAAUGGUGUCCAGAUCCGUGCUUCUGCUGUGAUUGUUCCAGAGCUAUGCAACUUUCAGUCUAGGCAGACAUACUACUUUUCUUACUCAAUCCGAAUGCGUCUCCUGCCUCAGGGCUGCAUAUUGGAUGGUGUGAACUACCCAUCUUGCCAACUUUAUUGGCGCCAAUGGAUCAUCCGUGCUAAUGAUGCAGUUGUAUCUGAUGUUAAUGGUGCAGCUGUCAUUGGAAAGCAUCCGCUCUUGUAUCCUGAUGGGGAGGAAUUUGUUUAUGAAAGUUGCUCGCGCAUGCCCUCUACUGGUUCUAUUGAGGGUGUUUUUACAUUUGUUACGGGCAGGUUGGAGGACCCCAAAGGAAGACACUUUCAUGUGGAGGUGGCCCAGUUUCCCCUUGAAGUGCCGGAGUAUAUCUUCUGAUCAGAUGGUCGGUAUGCUAAGUUACCCAAAUUCCCUCACAACAGUAAUUCAUUCUCUGCUUAUGACCAUGUGCAGCUACGGUGUGAGUUGAAAAAUUGAUAUCCUAUCCGCAUGUGAUGUAUGUAUGGUGAACUCUUUCAAAUGCUAUUUCACUUAAAAUCAGAAAUUACAUGUC